GCCCCGUUCACCUAACCUGAUACAUGGAGAUAACACAGACCGACCGUUCGGAGGAGACACCGGAGCUUUGCAAACAGGAAUCAGGAUGGUCUAUACCACGGCUCUGCUCUUCGGACACGGAGUGCCCGCUUUAACGGAGGAAGAAAGCGUCGUAGAGAUGAUAGGGAAAUACUUCUCCCAGCUCACAGCCCCGGGCUCAAAGACGAGCUCAGCCCGGCGGGGGAGCGUCGAGAGCUGCGAUGAGAGAGAAAACACCUCGCCUUUUUCCAACCUCGAUGCCGGUUUGGAGCAUGAAGAGCGGCUCCUUCAGCAGGAUGUGACCCGGCGGAUAGAGCGCUGUCUGACAGAGGCCAAGGCUCCCACCCUGCACUGCCAGGUGCUGCUGCUGCCUCGCCACAUGACCGUCAGGGUGGGCCAGGACGUGGUGUGCUCCUCGGUGGAUGAGCCCUGCGGGCUCCGUGGUGCCUCCAUCCAGGUCUACGUGGAGUGCAAAGAAGGCCUGAAGUCUGCGGGGAGCUUCCUCGCAGAUCCCAGUGUCACCCCCACGUUUGAACUGUCUGUGAUCUUCAAGGCAGAAAUAGAUGGCGGCUGGCCGCCACUCAUGCACAUCUUUGAUACCAACAAAGUGUUGAAACUGAGACCAGAGUACCGGCUGGUGAAGAGGAAGCUCUACUCCUCUGCCAGUCCUGUCAUCCAUGAUUUCAACUAGGGGUUGCGAUAAGAAUCUAAAACCCCUGUUCCACUGUUUACCUCUUAUUUUAAGUUUGAAUGUCAUUGCUCAUGUUUUAAAUGUCUGACUACAUGCACAGUCUGGUCCGACACGCACUGGAAAAUGCUGGAGUUUCUUUGUGUUGUAUUUGAGCUCUAAGGAAGUGGAUUGUUCUUUGUUUUAUGUAUGAAUGUCUAAUUUGGAGCAGCAGGUAGAACUGCUUGUUUUUCUACACUCUGUAGCCAACAUGACUGCAGUAUUUUUGUACAGAACAGUUGAAUGUUAAAGUGUGCACUUUAAAUGGGCAGGUCUCACUCCUGGAGUGUACUAUACUUUUGUUACUUUUGUUAUUUAUAUGAUUGUAAAAUAAAUUCUGUUAGACCACUA